AUGGCGGGUCCGGUCAAAGAAAGAGUCACAGCUGCCGACAGGCGCCAUUUUGAUUUCAUGGAAACUUUGCUCCGUAUUUCCGAUGAACUGACAGAAGAGGAAACAGCGAACUUAAAAGUCUUCUGCCUGCACCUGAUUCCUAAGGGCCACUUGGAACAGCUCAGGAGAGGAAUGGACGUUUUUGUAAAGCUGAUGGAACUAGACAAAAUUGACCAAGAGAAUCUAGAUUUUAUUAAAGAGAUCUUGGAAAGAAUCGGCAGACAGGACCUGAUUCGGGACGUUCUGCGGCGGUUCCAGCAGCCUGACCGAGAGAUUCCGGAAAAUCCCGAACUCCAGCCGCCUGGCCGAGAGAUUCCGGAAGAUUCCGAACUGCAGCCGGAAACCCCCGAACUGCAGCCGGAAACCUCCGAACUGCAGCCGGAAACCCCCGAACUGCAGCCGGAAACCUCCGAACUGCAGCCGGAAACCUCCGAACUGCUCCCCGAAACCCCUGUACUGCCGCCAGAAAACCCUGAACCCCAACCAGAAAACCCAGAACUUCAACCAGGUGAAAGCAAUUCAGAACAAGCCAAUGAAGGAACUACAACGUCCAACAUCUACGUGGUCGUGCACGGCACAGUGCGCAUGAUCCAGGAAACUCUAGAUCAUCUUAGAAACCGCCUGGCAACGUUAUGUGGCACCAGGAGGUCACAGGUCAAGUUCAGAGGUUACAAGAAGCACAAGAGCAUCCUGGUGCACUUCUCCAUGCCACGGGAGAACACGGCGGUGCUGAGGCACAUGGCGGAUCACUCCGACCCGAGACUUGUCUACAUGGGCGUCAAGUCACUGCAGAUCGACGCUGAAGUUCCCAUCAAAGUCCAACAGGAGGAGCCGUUGUACGAUGUCAGGAGGCAGUUGCCUGUCGAUGACAUCGAGGUGGGAUGCAGUACCCGGACCAGACACCAGAGGGCGCCCCAGAGCUGGACCCGCCUGUCUGCCCUGAACCUGUUCUCGGACGCCCUGCCGCUCCAUCUGCAGGCAGCCGCGAGUCUGGAGUACCAGGGCUUCUCCUACAGCCUGGUCCGGGCUCUGGUGCAGAAGGACCGGCUCAGAGAACACCAGAUGAGUCAGGCCAUCCAGAACCUCAGGAACGCAGAGGUGGAUUCCAACACGCUCCGUCAGAAGGCAGAGGUGGAUUCCAACACGAUCCGUCAGAAGGCAGAGGUGGAUUCCAACACGCUCGGUCAGAAGGCAGAGGUGGAUUCCAACACGCUCCGUCAGAAGGCAGAGAUGGAUUCCAACACGCUCCGUCAGAAGGCAGAGGUGGAUUCCAACACGCUCCGUCAGAAGGCAAAGGUGGAUUCCAACACGAUCAUGACUUUGCGCUCCAAGCUCGACAUCACAGAGAACAGGCUGAAGGAGGCUCUUGAGACGAUCUCAGUUCUUGAAGAAAAGCUGCAGCAGGCUCAAGAAUACGCAGAGAAAGCCGCCAAGCAGGUGACAUCCCACGUGACGGAAUACAGGGGAGAGAAGCCGCCU